AUGCGCAGUGCCGACAAACAGGCGCAUGCGCCGUGCGAACUCAGCCGAAGACGCAUGCGCAGUGCAGAGCUGGGAACGGGCUGCCCCCGCGUGGCCGAUAUGCGGAACUGCAACGAUGUGCUCUCCGGUCUUUGGGCUGCCCCCGUGUGGCCGAUAUGCGGAACUGCAAUGAAAUUUUUUCCGCUCCUUGGGCUGCCCCCCCCUCAAAUGUUUGGUUUAGCAGGAGGGAACUGGGGAAGCAACGUCCCUCCCACUGUAAGCAAAGAUGACGUUUUUGACCACCUGAGGAACCUGAACAUCUGCCAGUUUAUGAGUCCCGAUGAAAUGCAUCCCAGAGUCCUUAGGGAAUUAGCUGAUGUGGUCACCAAGCCACUCUCCAUGACAUCUGCAAAGUCCUGGCAAUCAGUCUCUGGUGACUGGAAAAAGUCAAGGGUUUUGGUUUCUGUUAUACUAGGUUACUACAAGAAAAAUCUCAUUAACGAGGAAUGGAAGUACUCACCACAUCAAAUUAUUGCUGUUGGAACUCAAUGGAAUAAGCAUAUGGGAAUCUUAAUAAAGGAGUUCAUGAAUGAUCCUUACAUUGUGAUAACAGCUUUGGAAGAAGCUUCCAUUUAUGGAAAUGUGCAACAGGUUGUGCAGCAUUGUGUGAGCAGUGAUAGAACUGCUGUGUUACUCAAAAUAAUGGAUUUUACUCCUAAUAAUCUUCAGAAGGUGCGGGUUUUCACUAAUUCCAUAGAUGAAGUAGAAAUAGUAUAUAAGGCACUGAAGAGUGACUCAAUAUUUGUCUUCAAAAUACAUAAGGAAAUGGAGUUUAAUUUCAAGGAUUUCUUGGAGCAUUGGACAAGAAGCUAUAGCAGUGGCAGUCGUGUUGUAUUAGUUCUAACAGAUGACUGCAUGCAGUUCUUGGAGAUUACAGAUGUGUCUUGUGUGAUACAUUUCAGUUUUCCUUCUUCUCCAACAAUCUUCGGUCAGCGUCUACACAGCAUGUCUGACAACUUCCGUAAUAUGAUAAAGGAUUCAUCUGAUCAGGACCAUUGACAGGCAAGGUCAGUCAUAAUGCUAACAGAAAACAGUGAGUGCCACACUGUUGGUAUCCUGCGCUAUUUGGAGCGUGCUGAAGCUGACAUUCCACCAGGAUUGGCUGGAGUGCUAGAAGCUGAAGAAAAGAAGAAAUUUGCAAGGCCGUUGUGCACCUAUCUUAAAAUGUUUGGGACUUGCAAGAAUAGAACAGUAUGUCCAGAUCGUCAUCAAAUUAAUUCACAAAUAGAUGUGCUCCAGAAUAUGGCAUCUAAAACUACACAAACAUCUGGAUAUGUGACAGUGCUGCCUCUCCACGUUGUAAAUGCAACAAACUACUUUGGUCAUAUUGUAGAUAAACAAAAGGACCAAUAUAUGAUUCUUGCUGAAGAAAUCAAUGAGUAUUUUAAGGAGACUAGUAAUAGAGUUGGUGCUCAAAAGGUAGAAAAACUAGCUUUGUGUGGAUUCUGUGAGGAAACAGUCUUUCAAAGGGUCCAGGUGGUAGAGACUUCUUCAAAAGAAGAAGGAAAUUUUAACAUCAAAAUCAAAUACGUAGAUGAAGGCAGAACUGGUCAAGCUCAGAGCUCUCAGCUUCUUCACUUACCUGUGACUCGUUACAUUCAUCAGAAAAUUGAAAGGAAACCACAUGAAGCAAAAGUAGUACUUACUUUAGGAAAUUCAGUUUGGAUUGACUCAACGGUCUGGGUUACCAGUUUGAAGAUGUAUGUCAAUGAAUACAGUGUGCAGUCCAAGAUUUUGUCUACAGGUCUGGGAACUGAUAAUCCAGAACAUAUAUUGCAACUUCAGAAGUUGUGUGAGCACGUGAAGUUAAGUCAUACAAAGAAUUUGGAGCCUUUAAGCAUAAAGGAGGAUGCAGCUAGUCCUGAAGGUGUGUCUGCACUGCAGAAUGUGUCCCUAAAGGAAAAUUCUUCAGAAAACUGUAAUUCUUCUAAAGCAACUAUGGGGAGUCAUCUGUGUGAUGGUGUUGCUCAAACUAAGGAAGCAGAAGACUCUUCACUGCAUCAGCAGAAAUGUUUCCAUCCAAAAAUAAAAUGGUUUGAAAAUGAAGAGGCUGUUACAGUGAAAGUUCAAAUAGCAAGGAUAGCUGACUACAAAUGUGAAUUCUCUAAGGAAAAGGUAAUUUUCAGUGCCUGCUCAGAAGGCAGAUUUUGCUUGGCCGAUAUGGAACUGUAUCAGUGUAUACUUACAGAAAAGUCUGCGUGUGUGAUUAAGGAUAAAGAGGCUAUUCUUGUCCUCAGAAAAGAGAAAAAAGGAGCAUGGUGCAAGUUACUAAAGAACAAGAAUCAUCAUGUGUCUUUUGACUUUGAAUACUGGGAAGAUGAUGAAGACAAAAGCCCUUUUCCAGUUGGUAAGGAAUGAACAAGUGCUAAAAAGCUGCAUUGCACUGCUGCAGUGGCAGAAGAACUGGUUGACUCUUCAGAAGACAGUGGUGCAGAAAGUGAUGAGUAAUUGGGAAAUGUCUGUUUUUUGUUUCUGUCAAGGUUAAUAUUGUAAAUCAGUAUCUGUUGCACUCCCAAAAUUGAUGGAACUAAAUGUAUAGAUUGCAGAAUUGUCUUUAAUUUUAGGAGGAUGAUGGUAAGCAAAGACCUUACUUGGGUACUAAGCAUCUGGAGAAAUACUCUACAUGAUAACUUCAUGUAUAUGUAUUCCAGUGUCUUUACUUUAGAACUUUUGGCUUUAAUGAUUUUGUGCAAAUAUGUACAUGUAUUUACAUUGAAGAGUUCUAAUUUACUUUUCUGAGUUUGCUGUGGUAGCAGUAGAUAAUUUUUUGUGGUUUAAUAAGUUCUGAUGACCGGUUGGUUGUUUCUGCCACAAGCCUCCAUGUGCAUACAGCAUCAGCUUUGUAACUGCCUGUUUGUCAGCUCCGCAUAAAUAAACUCAGAUGGCAAUCUUCCUUUGACUGCAAAUACUUUGACUUGUUAUAAAAUACAAUUCUGUUUGGUAACUAUAGUAACUACUGUACAACAUCAGUGGAAUUGGUGCCAUGAUAGAAUAUUCAGUGUUUAUUUUCAAUUUCAUGUUUCCACUUUUCCCGAAUUCUUUUUCUUAUUUUAUGUCCUGUCGCUUCUGAAACUCAUCUCGUCUGUGGAAUCUUGUCUGCCUAUCCCAAAGGCUUUGCACUUCUAAAUGUAAUCUUUCAGUAAAGUUUUUCACUGUUACAUUUGUACACAUUUAAAAAAAUAAAAUCUCACAGCGAUGAACUAGUUUCAUGUAUUCUGAACAGCUGUUACAUUAUUACAUUUCUUUUCAUCUGUAGGUCUUCAAAACAUGCUGGUUUCUCCAGUGGAGCUAUAUGAUGGUUUAGGAUAGAAAUUUUACAGAUUUAUUUUGAGAAUCUAACUUUUGUUGCAUUUUUAAUGAGGAAGAAUUUACUUGCUAUUUGGGAA